UAUGACAGCAGCCCAACACGAGAACACGGUUGGAACCGAAAAACAUGGUCAAGAGGAAAGCUUAUUUCCAUUCCACUCGAGCCAUUUAUAUCAUUAGCGUGUAGGACGAUCGGCAAGCAAAUUCGUGAUUUUCGAUACCUCAACAAUAACCUGCCUGCAUACUCGUCCACCGAUCUCGAAUUUACAAGCUCACAGCCCAUUCAAUCCUCACAAUGCGUCAAUCAUGCUUCCAUUCAAGUUAUCGAUGGCUAGGACAUCUAUCUCCUACAAAGACUAUCGCCAGCUCACAGUCCCGAAUGCGGAUGUUGAAGCAAGCCGAUCAUGUUGUCUUUCAAAUUCGUCCUUCGAAUUUUGAAAACCUUCGCGAUUCUACCCGAAAGUUUUCUUCGACAAGUCGGAUGUUAGCUCAGUUGGGUCGAAUCGAUGUCAAGAAAAUGCCAAUCACAGACCAUGAUUCGAACUUCGCGCUUAAUGAGGAUAUUCUACAAGAAACUCGUAAUACGGAUUCUGCGUCAAAUCGAAAGCCUACCGUCUGGAAACCAUUUGCCUUUUUCCUUGGAGUUUCAAUGUUGGGGUUUGGAUUAGCUGUCGAUCAAACCAACCGAGAUACCGCACAAAAGAUCGACUACAUUCGAACACACCAAGGAACCUUCCCGGGUUGGUUUAGCAAAACCUUCACCGGUAUUGCCAGCUAUCUUGACCCGAGUGACGCUCAACUACAACAACUAAGGAAGUUGGAUAAAUUGAAUUUCAUAAAAGAAUACGGCUUAAAUAACCUCUUUCCGCAUCAUCUUUUGACUUGGUAUAUCAAUCUUGCUUUAUAUAGCAUAGGAUCUACAGCGCAUGACUUUCUAACCCAUCGACUCCGAGCAUCAAGGGACGUCGAUCCAGUUCGAAUCCCAGAAUCAACCCCGACCUACCAUUUUCUAGCUUUCUAUGUUUUUGCCGGCCUUGCUGCUUCGUUCGGCAGUCAUGCUUAUUCACUGUUAAUACGUGCUCCGAGGCUGUUGAAGUGGCGACAGGGACUCUCCAAGAGCUCAACUCCUCCCAGUCCGAUCUUGCCCAGUUUAGGAGCAUCCGGUGCCAUUUAUGGAUGUCUCACGAUGACCGCAUUAGCGUUUCCUGAAGCCCACGUCUCGUUGAUAUUUCUACCUUGGGUUCCAUUGAAGAUUGGAAACGCUGUUUUUGAUGCUUUUUGA